CAGCCAAUCGGAUUGCAGGAAUCUGAUGACGUCACGCUUAAAAUCGAACAAUCACGAUCGCGUCCGAAACAUGCAUACGACGCCAUUUUUACUCCCGACUUCCUACGUUUACUGCGAUCACCGCAAAAUCAAGAAGGCAAAUUCAUCAAAUAUUUUUCAGCAGCAAACAUGCCAGGAACACACAGCGUAGGCACUUUCAAAAUCUUCGUUGGCAAUCUUUCGAGCAAUGCCACCGUCAACGACGUCCGGCCUCUGUUUGAGAAGUACGGAAAGGUGGUCGAAUGUGAUGUGAUGAAGAAUUAUGGUUUUGUGCAUAUGGAAAAUGAACAGGCCGGCCGUGACGCCAUCCAGAACCUGGACGGCUACAUGGUGCACGACCAGCCCAUGAAGGUCGAGGCCGCUGUCAGCAAAAAGGGCCCUGCCACACCAACUACCAAGAUUUUUGUUGGAAACCUUAGUGAGAAGACAAAGCCAGAACAACUGCGUCAGUUAUUUGCCGGCUACGGAACCGUGGUUGAGUGUGACAUCAUCAGGAACUACGGCUUUGUGCACGUCGAGUCAAAUGAACUGAUUGACAAGUGUGUUGGUGAAAUGAACGGUUACAUGCUGGACGGCAUGCCUAUUAAGGUGCAGAUUUCCACCAGCAGGGUGAGGACCCGCCCUGGCAUGAGCGACCCUGAGCAGUGCUACCGGUGUGGCCGAGAAGGUCAUUGGUCUAAGGAGUGCCCCAAGCUGAUUGGGGGUCCAAUGAGAGGUGGUGGCUACAGAGACUCGAUGUACUCAAGGCGUGAGCCCUACCCUUACCCACCUCCCCCUCCUCCAUACAUGAGGGAGCGCAUGAUGAACCGCAUGGGAGGUGACUCUUUCCAGCCCCGCGACUACAUGGGCUCUCGUGGUGACAUGAUGGGUCGGGAAAUGAUGUCCCGGGACAUGAUGAGCAGGGAACGUUCGAGCUACGGCUCUGCCAUGGGCGCUCGUCGAAUGGACGCCCCCAUCUCGUCUGGCAUGGGCAUGCGAGGCAACUCCCUGGACAUGAUGAGAGACCCUGCCCGUCAGGCCUCAUAUUACGAUGACAUGGCCCCUGAGCCUCUCUUCACUCGUCGUGGAUUUGCGGAGCCUCCGCAGAGUUCAAGGACCACUCAUCUAGAAAGCAAAUAUGACCCUGAACAGUCCAUGUACGAGGACUUCAGCCGUGACUGCUUUGAUGAUCGACGACCUCCCGUCGGAGAUCGCGGUAUUAAUUCCCAGCGCCGCUAUACCCCGUAUUAAUUGGACGCCGACGGACGGUUCUCGCUUGCCCGCGCUCUCGGUUAUGUCGACGCCGCUCGGACAACAACGGUACCGUCGCAUCAAAUCGUUCGGAUUAGGAAGAAGACAAAGAAACAGACAUUUUACCUCUUGAUUCCCAUUCGUUUCCAAAAUUUAUCUAUUCGGAAGAUUCACGUUUAGUAUCUUAAUUAUAUGAGAUGGGUGUGUGCUGGGACUUAGCAAUUAAUGGAAAAAGCACAGAGUUGUUUGGUUUGGUUUAAGUUUUCUAAGAUAAUUAUGACACAUUGUAAUCAUUUAUGAGUAGAUCAUACAAUACACUUUUCACGUUGUGCUCUGAA